GUAUCACAGUGUACCGAAAGAAGGCGAGAAGCGAAAAGCAGCCGCUGGAUUUUUUUUUUUGACGGUGUUCGUUAAGGGCUGCUAUUUAUUUAUUUAUUUAUUUAUUUAUUUAUUUAUUUAUUAUUUAUUUGUUCCUAUUUUAUUAAUUUAUUAUUUGCAUGAUUAAUUUCGGCGUUGUUAAUAUAUUUCUGUGUUAUUUUCGUACAUGGCGCGACAGUCGCGCGCGUUCGACGGUCACGGUUGUGCUGUAACGGAUUCGGUGAAGCGGGGCGGAGCGGCGCGCGGCGGCGGCGGCGGCUCGUGCUCUUCGGCCCGGCGGCUCCAGGGCGCCUGAUGCUCGCCUCCAAGGCUCGGAAUUCGUCUCCCUGUUUUCCUUCUUAUCCUCAUCCUCAAGACCGCUUUACGCGUCAAUGCUCGACGGAUUAAGCGACACUUAUGGAAACUGGGGACCAAAAUUUUAGAAAAAAGCUAAAUUAACACCGGUUUUUCAUUUUCCAAGCUGCUUUACUUGUUCAUUUUUGCUGGGCUCAUCAUGGCUCCUUGAUAUUUGCUUCUAAACGUAACACAGUCUGAUUUGGUUUGAUGUAUUUCUUAUAAAUCCAUCCAAGGACCUUUUUUUUGUUUGUUUGCUUGUUUUUUUUUUCUUUCUUUUUGCUUUCAUUUCAGGUCGGUGUUUGUGUAUUUUAUCGGGCUUCCUGUCAUUUCUCCAUCCCUGUCUCUCUCUUUCUCUCUCUCUCUCUGUCUUUUCUUAUGUUUAGAUAAAUAAUGGUUUAGAGUCACCAGAGAGACAGAGAAAGAUGAGUGAAUUCUUUCUAUUGCCUAUAACUAAUGAUAGGCAUCACGCAUAAGGAUUGAAAUAGCAUAAGCAUUUGGGUCGCAUAACCAUUCACCAGUCUGAGGUUAUAAGUGGUCUCAUCUGUUCCCCAUUUAAACCUAAAAUCUGUCAUUCCCAUUCCCACAAUCAGACUGGAAUGGACUGUAAUGCCAACUGUCACCUGAACAGAGGCAGGUGUAAGCUGGGAUACACGUGUCCGUAUUUGAAAGGAUCGGAUGCAUUGGAUUUUUCUUAAGCACUGACUUUUUUUUUUUUUUUUUUUUUUAAUAGUCUGGAUUAUUGCACCAGAUUUCCUUUUCCAUAAUAAUCAUCAAGUUACCAAAUAUUGUUAUGUUUUGUAUACAUCUUGACUUGACAUCUUCCACUUGAGUUGUGAGUUGGCCAUCAAAGUGCUUGUGAAGUAGGCAGACAGGCCAGAGACUCACCACUUUGUUGUCUUCCUACUUUGGUUGAAUUCAUCUCGGCCAUUGUCAGACUCAUCACCAGUGUGUAUUUCUUUUUCCACAACCUUCUUUCCCCCAUGUAGCCUAUAAUUCCACCUUUCCUAAGGUGCCUCAUUUUCUGCCUUGGUGUGGUCCGGUAAAUUUACAAAUAUUUAUUUCCUAUACGUCAAGAGGAAAGGGGGUUCCCCUUUCAUAGAAUGCGGCAACAUGGGUCUCUUUGACCGCGGGGUUCAGAUGUUGCUGACCACGGUGGGCGCCUUUGCCGCCUUCAGUCUCAUGACCAUCGCGGUCGGCACGGACUACUGGCUCUAUUCACGUGGAGUGUGCAAAAUAAAGACUAACAAUGAAAACGAGACCAGUAAGAAAAAUGAAGAGGUGAUGACACACUCCGGACUGUGGAGAACCUGCUGUUUAGAAGGGAAUUUUAAAGGGCUGUGUAAACAGAUCGAUCACUUUCCUGAAGACGCAGACUACGAAGCUGACGCGGGAGAGUACUUCCUUCGAGCGGUGAGAGCGUCCAGUAUAUUCCCCAUCCUUAGCGUGAUCCUACUCUUCAUGGGAGGUCUAUGUAUUGCGGCCAGUGAGUUCUACAAGUCCCGUCACAACAUCAUCCUCAGUGCAGGGAUCCUCUUUGUGUCUGCAGGCUUGAGCAACAUCAUUGGCAUGAUUGUCUACAUAUCAGCGAACGCGGGUGACCCCACUAAGAGCGACUCGAAAAAGAACAGCUACUCAUACGGCUGGAGCUUCUACUUUGGUGCUCUGUCCUUCAUAAUGGCCGAAAUGGUGGGUGUCCUGGCCGUGCACAUGUUUAUCGACCGGCAUCGUGAACUCCGAGCUGCCAACGCUCGGGCUGGAAGAGGCAUUGCCACUGGAAACGCAGACUACCUGCACGGCUCGGCCAUCACGCGCAUCCCCAGCUACCGCUACCGCUAUCGGCGUCGCUCACGCUCCUCCAGCCGCUCCACAGAACCCUCACAGUCACGUGACACCUCUCCGCUCGGCCUCAAAGGCUUUGGAGCUCUGCCAUCCACCGACAUCUCCAUGUACACUCUGAGCCGCGGCGGAGGAGAUACGCUGAAAGCCACCCCCCCAACCACCUACAACUCCGAGAGGGACCAUAACUUCCUGCAAGUCCACAACUGUAUCCAGAAAGACGGGAAGGACUCACACAGCAAUGCUGCCAACCGUCGCACUACUCCAGUAUGAGCACUACAGAGACCAAUACUGGCAGAGAGGAGAAGUGACUGAACAUGAGCCAGAAAAAGAGAGACAGGGAACAAAUAAAUGAGAGAAAGAAUGGAGAACCAGAACAUGAGGGGUAACAAGGACCGGGGAUACAAGAGCUCUCUGAGUUGUGAGCUAUUUACAACAAUGAAGAUGACUAUGAUGAGUUUCCAUGUUGAAAAAAAGUAAAAAAGUGAAAAAUGUCCAAAAAAAGAGAUAAAGAAAAUGCAUGAUUUUCCCAUCUACCGUAAUUUAACGAGUUUUAAACCAUGUUUCAAGUAUUGGGGAGAACGAGAGAAUGAGAGAAAAAGAAAGACAGACAGAGACAUAGACAGGUGAAAUAGAGGGAGGAUAUAGUAGACGAUGAGCAUCGUGAGUUUUAAAAGGUUUCUAUUUUUUCAACUCUCUUCUCGGGUCUCCAGGGCGACCUGUGACUCCGUCCCCUCCUCCCCACCCACCUCCCUCUUUACUUCCUGUAUGUAUCCAUGUCAUUCUUUUGCGCAUUAAUACUGUGAAGCGUUGUGGCCAAGGUGUCCCCAGGGCAAAAAAAAAAGACAAACCUGUAUCCUGGCCACAACUUAUAAGUUAAUAUAUGUAUUAAUUAUAUAUGCAUAUAUAAAUAUAUAUGUUAAUAAACCACAGAUAGACUUCCCUGACGCAAGAGAAGGACGAAAAAAAUGACAAAAAAUG